CCGCCCACAUGGAGGCGGGGCUAACAGAGAGUCCCACCUACAAAAAGGCGGGGCGCCGCGGGAAGUUCCGCCCACUAGGAGGCGGGGCCUGCGGCGCGCGGGAAGAAGCGCAAGCGGCGGCGGGAUCUGGCGGUGCAGUCCCCUGACCGUGUCGUCCCCUGACCGUGUCCCUGCAGGCUCGGCAGGAUGAAAGUCAUUACUUGCGAAAUCGCCUGGCACAACAAGGAGCCGGUGUACAGCCUGGACUUCCAGCAUGGCGCGGCUGGCAGGAUCCACAGACUGGCGUCGGCGGGCGUGGACACCGCGGUUCGGAUCUGGAAGGUGGAAAAAGGACCCGAUGGAAAGGCCAUUGUUGAAUUUUUGUCCAAUCUUGCUCGCCAUACCAAAGCUGUCAAUGUCGUGCGUUUUUCUCCAAAUGGGGAAAUUUUAGCGUCAGGAGGAGAUGAUGCUGUCAUUCUGUUGUGGAAGGUGAACGACAACAAGGAGCCAGAACAGAUCGCUUUUCAGGACGAGGAUGAGGCUCAGCUGAAUAAGGAGAAUUGGACUGUCGUAAAAACCCUGCGGGGCCACUUAGAAGAUGUGUAUGAUAUUUGCUGGGCAGCCGACGGGAAUUUGAUGGCUUCUGCCUCUGUGGAUAACACGGCCAUCAUAUGGGACGUCAGUAAAGGACAAAAGCUCUCCAUCUUUAAUGAACAUAAAAGUUAUGUCCAAGGAGUAACCUGGGACCCCUUGGGUCAGUAUAUUGCUACCCUGAGCUGUGACAGGGUCCUGAGGGUGUACAGCACCCAGAAGAAACGUGUGGCUUUUAAUGUCUCAAAAAUGCUGUCUGGCAUAGGGUCCGAAGGAGAGGCAAGAAGUUACCGGAUGUUUCAUGAUGACAGCAUGAAGUCAUUCUUUCGUAGACUUAGUUUUACUCCUGAUGGAUCUUUGCUCCUCACACCAGCUGGAUGUGUGGAAUCUGGCGAAAACGUGACAAAUACAACUUAUGUUUUCUCCAGGAAAAAUCUUAAAAGGCCUAUCGCUCAUCUGCCCUGUCCUGGCAAAGCGACGCUUGCUGUCCGCUGCUGUCCCGUCUACUUUGAGUUGAGGCCCGUGGUGGAAACAGCAGGCGGACCCUCGCCGGAGCCGGCCGCGGAGCUGGUGCGCCUGCCCUACCGCCUGGUGUUCGCCGUGGCGUCGGAAGACUCGGUGCUCUUGUACGACACCCAGCAGCCCUUCCCGUUCGGCUACGUGUCUCACAUACACUACCACACGCUGAGUGACGUGUCCUGGUCCAGCGACGGGGCCUUCCUGGCCAUUUCUUCCACGGACGGCUACUGUUCAUUUGUGACGUUUGAGAAGGAUGAACUUGGAAUACCUUUGAAAGAGAAGCCGGUUCUAAGUGUGAGAACUCCUGACACAGCAAAGAAAACGAAGAAUCAGCCAUACCAGGGAUCUUCGCCGGGACCCAGGCUGGCCGAGGGGACCCCUACUGGCAGAAUCCAAGACCCCAGCAGUCCUUGCACACCCCCACCUCAGGCGAGACCAUCUCCAACCCCAGUGGCCCCUUCCGAGGAGAAGGCGGCCCUGCAGCCUAGCACUCAAAACCCGAGAGCACCCCCGUCCCGGAGGGUCACCCUGAAUACACUGCAGGCCUGGAGCAAGACAACACCCCGGAGGAUUAACUUAAUACCUUUAAAGACCAAUACUUCACCGAAUUCUGCACCAACCAGUGUGAUUUCCACGGAGGAAGGUCAGCCAGAGAUGCCCAGAGACCCGCAGGGCAGUCCUCCGGAGCUCAAGCGGCCUCGACUUGGUGAACACGAAGCAAGUACCCAAGGUCUGGACCCUUGAUGAGACCUGUCUGAGGUGCUUGAGGGUGGCCAGGUCUGGGGGCCCCCGUGUGCCCAGAGCGGGGAGCUGGGCCUGAGACACCGGAGGCCAGUGGCAUUAGGUGGAGCCUGGUGGACACUCGAGAAUUGAUUUCUGUAGCAGAAGAUACACAUGGAGCAGUGUUUCCGCAGAACUAUGUUUGCUCUUGUAUUCGAUACGUUUUUACCUCGGAGAUGCGAACGUUUUAAUAGACUGAAUCCUCUUUUUGAUGAGAUUCUGAAACCGGGGCAGUUCAGGGUUACCUGGCGUGCGACCGUGAAUCCUCCCUCGAAAAUACAUGAAAAUAGAGACACGAUGCGAGCGGACUCCUCCUAAAACCGGAAUCAGAAAGAGGAGAAAGGUAUUUGAGAAGGUUUAUUCUGUCGAACUGACCUGAAUAGUUGAUUUUUAGGAAUUAGUUUGCUUUCUGAUUCUAAAGGUAAUAACACUUGUUCUGGAAAGUUAGGAAGCGAGAAUAAAGUAGGAAAACCAGGUCAGGGAUGAGACUCCGUUAACAUCAGAAGCAGCCUGGUUGCUGUUCAGGCAUAUUUCUUUUCUUUUUUUUUCCCCCCUUAGGGAGAGAAUUGAGAUUUCACUAGCUACAGCUUGGUAUCCAAAUAGUUUAACGUUUCAGAUUGAUUUUUCAGAGUAAAAGAACUUUCCUUAGCCA